ACUGGUUGUGUCGGUGAUGCGCGUCCACGUGAGCUUUCCAGCGGUAUUUAAUGGAGCGCAUUUGGGAAGUGAACAUCUCCCCGAAACAAAGCGGAAACACAGGAGAUAUAUAAUCCAUGAUUUGCACGAUUUUUUUUAGGGGGAAAGGAGAACAAGGAGACCGCGCACCAGGGAGAUGGUUUCAUGCACAUCAAUUAGAAGGAUUUUAUUGAGAUGUAGAAGGUUUUUUAUGAGCAUCUGAGGACACGUUGCGUCUUUUAUUUCCUUUUUUAUUAGGAUUAUGAUCCAGGGAUUGUUUGUCCAGGUUGAACCUGAUCAUGUUGGAAUUGGAGGUGUCACUGUGGAGUAGUGUUGUGUAUUAUGGAACAUUAUAGUGGGGUAUAGGGUGGGGUGGUGGUGUUGUGUAGGCCACUGAAACCGACAGUAAUCUCCAAAGGACAAAAGUAAAUCUGUUUACAGACCAAGCCUGUGCGCUGCCUGGUGAAGAACCAGAGGAGGAACAUGGCUGGAGAGAAAUCGGCCGUGACGCGAGCGCUGAGUGGAUUUGCGUGGAUGCGGUGCUGCCGUGGAAACUAGGCGCGUUUCCACUCCACUCCACUCAUCCACGACUUUCCAUCUAUUCGUUUAUUUUGUGUGUGUUUUUUCCACCAUUAUGGGCAAAGACGAAUGUAAGACCAUGCUGGACGCUUUGAACAAGGUGACCGCUUGCUACAGGCACUUGGUGUCCGCUUUAGGGAGCACCUCGGACUCGCAGAACCUGCGUGAAGAGCUGCGGAGGACGCGGCGGAAAGCGCAGGAGCUGGCGGCGGCCAACCGGAGUCGCCUGACCGCGCUGCUCAAAGACAAGAGCGUGAGUGGAGAUGACCGCGCCGAGUACGAGCGCUUGUGGGUGCUCUUCACGAGCAGCGUGGAAAUCCUCGAGGUGGACAUGAGGAGGUCGCUGGAGAUCGGGCACGAUUUUCCGAUCAAGGUGCCCACGCGACACUUCAUCCAGACCGGCAUGACCGGGAGCACGAGCACGGUGGCGGCCCGCGCCAUGAGCAUGCAGAGCAUGAAGUACGAAGCGGACCCGGGCAUCGACACUGCCGAUUUAAAAGACCUGGAGGCCGAGAUCGCUCAGCUCGAUCAGAUGAUGGAGGAGAUGGAGAUGAAGGUGCAGGUGGCGCCGUGGGCGGUGGAGGCCAAGCAGGAAGCUGGAGCUGAACUCAAAUCCACAGUCAGCGUGGGAAACUCGUCCGUUGGUGUCAUCUCCAUCUGCGAAGAGGAACCCAAGGAUGGAGGUGAAGCUGAAGCUGGAGUCAUGAGGAUCUUCGCAGGCAUCAUUUUCACUGUGGUUUUACUCAUCGCUGGGAUUCUGGGGUAUCUGGUCGUCAAUCUUUGAAAAUGAAUUGUGUGAACAGCAAAAAACACCAAAAAUUGGAGGUUACCUGCAGGAUUUAUUGCAGCCCACAUAUUCACCUGUGUGUGUAUAUAUAUGUGUGUGUGUGUGUGUGUGUGUGUGUGUGUGUGUGUGUGUGUGUCUUGGACUUGAAAUGAUUUAGAAGUAAAUCUGAUAGCUUUUGUGGAUGUAAUGAAUCCAUGGGCCUCCUUCUAACUCAGUAUUAAUGCACUGUAAAAAAAAAAAAAAAAA